CGUGACAUUACAAAAGGGCAUCUCAAAAGAAGAAAUUUAAGCAAUUUUCUACGCAUUAAUCGGCAGAAGCAUGAUUUAAUUACCGUAAAUGUGCCAAAAAUAGUGAAAAGACACGAGCAAACUGUCAAGUAUGUCGAACAAUAGCACAAAGGCAGCACAAGAGCAAGCUGUGAAACAAUUCAUUGAAAUUCUCGGACAACAACAACAACAACAAAUCAGAGCAGCUCCAAAUUCGGGCGACAACCCCGUUUCCGUAGCCAACAAUGCAGCAGCGGCAGCAGCAGCAACACGUACAAUUUCCGUCAACACUGCGCUGAAAUUCUUGUGGGCACGCAAAUUUGACGUGCAACGCGCCGUCGAACUCUACGAGGAACACGAAAGUACGCGUUUGCGGGACGGGCUUUACCAUCUAAAUCCGCUUGCGGAUGAGCUAAAGGCCGAAUUAGAGUCCGGGAAGUUUACAAUUUUGCCGGGACGUGAUGCGAGUGGAUCGGCAAUUGCUCUGUUUACCGCUUGCCUGCACGAUCCGAGCACAAGUACCCACAAAACGACGCUACAGGGCAUCGUGUAUCAGCUGGAUGCCGCUCUGACAGACACGGAAACGCAAAAAGCUGGCUUGGUGUUCAUUUAUGACAUGAGCCAGUCGCGUUAUUCGAACUUUGACUACGACUUGAGCUACAAAAUAUUGACGUUGCUGAAGGGCGGGUAUCCGGCACGCCUGAAAAAGGUGCUAAUUGUGACGGCGCCGCUGUGGUUCAAGGCUCCCUUCAAGAUUUUGCGCCUUUUUGUGCGCGAAAAGCUGCGAGAACGCGUCUUUACUGUAUCCAUUCCACAAUUGAGCUUACAUAUUCCGCGGGAUUCGUUGCCGCAACGCUUGGGCGGCAUGCUGGAAGUCGAUCAUGCGGCAUGGUUGUUACAAUGUUACACCCGGAUGAUCGACAAAGACAACGAAAUGCUCCAAAUUGACUCGGGAUUUGGCUCGGCAGCAACGAGCAGUAGUAGUAGCGACCCCGCGGAUGACGAUGCGCAAGAUAUUCGAACAAUAAAACGACCCGUGGCACAAAAUCAGCUUCUACAACAACAACAAAACGGCGGAUGUGAAGUAAUUAGCAGCGCUUCAUCCGGAUUUAGUGACGACGAGUGUCUAAUAGGCACGGAAGGCGAUCCAAAAACCAUUCAAGAGAUUGUCGAGAUGGUGCGACAGAAAAAGAAGAACGGAUUAAUUGCCGAAUAUGCGGAAAUUCGAGCUCGAGCACCCGAAGGAACCUUCAUACAAGCCAAACUUCGUGACAAUUCCGGCAAAAAUCGCUACACCGACGUCCUGUGUUACGAUCAUUCGCGUGUCGUGCUUUCGUGUCUCGAAGACGAUCCCAAUUCCGAUUACAUCAACGCCAAUUUCGUUGACGGGUACAAACAAAAAAACGCCUAUAUCUCGACGCAAGGUCCCCUACCGAAAACAUCGCACGAUUUUUGGCGCAUGGCAUGGGAACAACACACGCUCGUGAUUGUCAUGACGACACGCGUUAUGGAACGAGGACGCGUCAAAUGCGGACAAUAUUGGGAACCCACAGAAGGCAGCGUCACGGAACACGGGCACUUCCGCAUUACGACUCUCUCGACGCAAACGACGGAAAAUCACACAAUCGCCGAACUGCAAAUCAAAAAUCUCAAGACUGACGAGACGCGCCACUUGUGUCACAUGCAAUUCACGAGUUGGCCCGAUUAUGGCGUGCCCGCAUCCGCAAUGGCGAUGCUGAAUUUCCUGCAACUCGUACGGGAAAAACAAGCGCAAAUGGUUGCCGAGCUGGGAGAUACGUGGGCAGGACAUGUGAGAGGACCUCCAAUUAUCAUCCAUUGUUCGGCGGGCAUCGGGAGAACGGGAACUUUUAUUACGCUGGAUAUCUGUAUUUCGCGUUUGGAAGACACGGGCAAGGCAGAUGUGCGAGGAACUGUGGAAAAAAUUCGAUCGCAACGAGCAUUCAGCAUCCAGAUGCCCGAUCAGUACGUUUUUUGUCACUUGGCACUCAUUGAAUAUGCGAUUUCGCGUGGCAUGUUGACCGAAUUGGACCUUACUGGGUUCGUGGAUGACGACGAUGAGGAUUCAGAUUAAAGCGGAAAAUAAAAAAAAAUGCAUUUUUUAUCGUUAAAUUUACUUUACAAACAAGAAACAAGAAAAAUCAUGAAAUUUUUUGGACGUCCAUUUAGAUUUUGUAUCUUUAAUUAUAAAUAUUUACAAUUAUAUAUAAAAAAAAUACAAAAAAAUAUAUUAAAAACUAAUCAAAAUAUAGCAGAAAAUCGUAGGAAAAAUUAAUAGAAUUCUAAUAGGAGGAUGUUAUAGACAAACAAAAAAAAAGUUUACCAAAAAAAACACAAGAAUAUGAAACAUUUCCUUUCCAACAUAAUCAUAUUAACGCCAUUCUGUAAUAAAAAUAAUCGAAU